AUGGAUGCAUCAGCGCCAAAGAGGCGCAAAACAUCCCCAACAACAUCGAUACCAGUCGAGUCCACCACCCCUCCAGGUCCUCCACCAGGGCAGCAAUCACAACAGCCACAACCCUCUCCUUCGCGCUCUCCUCAGCGUCCCUCGUUCGCCUCGCCUACUAGAUCGAGUCUGGCCCGCCACAACCCAGAGAUUCUCUCCAGCAGACGAGUAGUCGCGUCGCAAAGACAGGGCGACCUACCCGCGUCGCAGGCAGGCAGCCAGGAUGAAGAUGCCGACCUGACGACCGCGCUGACCGCGCAGUUCGAACACCACUCCGAAGGCGAUGGCGCAGGAUCACCCUCACCUGUCGCCGAGGGCUCUGGUUCCCAGAGGCCAGCUGCAGCAAAUCAGAGCGCCCCUCCUGGCCCCGGCAACGACGCGCCGCGGUCGCCGUCUAGGCGAGUUGGUGGUAUGAUCUUUGGCGCGCAACCACCCCGCCGCACACCCACUCGACCACAGCCCCGACCUCUGCCUCCGCCAGGCCCCGAGAAUGAGGAAGAUAUAGCGAUUUCCCUCCCACGGCGGAGCUCACGCCGAUCCCCCACAAACACGGGCGUCUUACCAGCCGUGGUCCACGAGGAGCCCAAACUGCCGCCAACGCCUGAGCAUCCAGAUCCCGUGGUAAGCACGCCGCCCUCUGGAAUACAUCAUACGCCCUCCAAGAGGCGUCGAGAUGCGAGCGAGAGGGAGGCUGCGCGACAGCAAGGAUCGCCCUCGAAACAUCCGCUCUCACAAGCGCUCGCUCCAGGACAACAGCCACCACGGAAGGAAUCAGAGAGGUUCAAGGCGCGACGGCGCCGGAGCCCAAUGAAGACCACUCUCGCCAGUGCGCCGCUGCCCGAGCAGCCUGUGGAGGCUCGAGUUAAACCACAGAGCGAAUUUGUCUCUGGGACACAUCCGCGCCGAAGUAUCCGUCUACGCGGGCCAAACUGGGAGAAAGAGCAAGAGCGGGAUGCGCUGCUGCGUGAGGUUGAGCAGCUCAAGGCGGACCUGGCGCUGGCGAGAGAAGAGAAUGAUAAUGCUGCAGAGGGGCUACCUCUGACAGCCGACAAGGACGCUGUAGUUGACCUCUUACGACGCCACGUUCUACCAGCUAUCAAAAGGACAGAUCCUUAUCAGGGCUCAGAUUGGCUGGAAGCAGCCAUGAACCCCAUCACGAUGCUCGACUUCAACGGAUCGCCGUCCAUCUUACUACCGCCAGCAAUACUACAGGAGGACGGACGAGGCGAAGACCAGCAGCCACCCGUCAGUCAUCACCCGGUACCCAUGACCACGUCUGAGGAAUUGCCGUACCUACAAGUGUUUACUCCUCUCAUGUAUUCCUCGACUGUCGCUACCACCACCUCGCCUUCAGCGGAACAGCCUGAUCAGCCUACAUACCAAAGACACAGCAUUACCAUUCGCUCCGCCUCACCUACUGGUCUCUUCAGCGCACGCCUCGAGAUGACAGUCAACACCCGCACUCUCGCCGUGUCCUCUCUCUCCGUGCCGCGCCUCAAUCCCGCAGCUGCCCCCGAGCUCAGACCCUUCAUCGACCGCGCCUCAUCCUCAUCGCCACAGGUGCCAUACCACCCUGGUCUCACGCGCAACCCUGGCAUCGUAUGCUGGGCCAUGGCCGAGUGGUACCGCGUCGCCCUGAAGCGCGCCAAGUUCUGGCACGCCCUCGAGAAACAGCUUGGCGACAAGAACGGGAUGGCCGAGGCCGUGCUCGCGACGAGAGCGCGGAAGAAGCGAAGGCGGCGGCGCCAGCAGCAGCAGCAGCAGCAGCAGCAGCAGCAGCAGCAGAAGGACGUCAUCGAUGAUGGAGACAGCGGCGUGGGCGACAGCUUUGCGAGCGCCGAGGGCCUGGGUGGGUUGGACUCGAUGAUGCUGAGCAAGGGUGCGCUUUUGCCGCACAUGGGUCGGAGGAGCAUGGACUUCGAGGUGCCUUAUUUUGCCGGUGGGGAUGGAGAGAUGUCGGAGCUGAGGGUCAGCUGGGCGAUAGAGUUCGACUGGACGGGUGAGGCGAACAGUAAGCUGGAUGUGGAGGUUGGUGUCUUGGGUAAAUGGCACGCAAUGGACGAUCGGAAGAGUAUUGUCGGCAUACCAAAGUUGUUUGACAAACUUGUGCAUGGUGGCGAAGACCCACUGAUGGCUGUCAAGACGGUGGUGGCGCUUUUGGCCGGGGAGCCAGAGGCAUGA